CGGGUCCAGCGGCGGGGGCGCAGUUGCCGGGCCGCGGGCUGCGGGACUUACUGGGCCGGGGGCUGGGGUGGGACCCGGCGGGCGCCAUGGAGCUGCUCUCGGCGCUGAGCCUAGGCGAGCUGGCGCUCAGCUUCUCGCGGGUGCCGCUCUUCCCGGUCUUCGACCUCAGCUACUUCAUCGUCUCCAUUCUCUACCUCAAGUAUGAGCCAGGAGCAGUCGAGCUGUCCCGGCGCCAUCCCUUGGCGUCCUGGCUGUGCGCCAUGCUGCACUGCUUCGGGAGUUACAUCUUGGCGGAUCUGCUCCUCGGGGAGCCCCUGAUCGACUACUUCAGCAACAAUUCCAGCGUCCUGCUGGCCUCGGCCGUCUGGUACUUGAUUUUCUUCUGCCCCCUGGACCUCUUUUACAAGUGUGUCUGCUUCUUACCUGUGAAACUUAUAUUUGUGGCCAUGAAGGAGGUAGUCAGAGUCCGAAAGAUCGCCGUGGGCAUCCAUCACGCCCACCACCACUACCACCAUGGGUGGUUCGUCAUGAUUGCCACCGGCUGGGUCAAAGGCUCUGGUGUCGCCCUCAUGUCCAAAUUUGAGCAGCUGCUCCGAGGGGUCUGGAAGCCGGAGACCAAUGAGAUCCUGCACAUGUCCUUCCCCACAAAGGCCAGCCUGUAUGGAGCCAUACUCUUCACCCUGCAGCAGACCCGCUGGCUCCCCGUGUCCAAAGCCAGCCUUACCUUCAUCUUCACCGUGUUCAUGGUGUCCUGUAAGGUGUUCCUGACGGCCACUCACUCUCAUGGCUCCCCUUUUGAUGUUCUGGAGGGCUACAUCUGCCCUGUGCUGUUUGGGGCUGCCUGGGGGGAUGACCAUUACCACGACAACCAUGGUGGGUCCCACGGCGGGUCCCACGGCGGCGGCGGGCCCGGCUCCCCGCACUCAGCCCUGCCUGCUAAGUCCAAGGAGGAGCUGAGCGAGGGCUCCAGGAAGAAGAAAACCAAGAAGGCAGAUUAGUGGGUGGCCCAGAGGCCUUGUGGGGUGCUGGGGAGAAGACCCAAACCCAGGACCCUCAGAGUUGGUGUGGGCGCCUCCUGGGCUCAGCUUUCCCCUCUCCGGGCCUUGAUGUCCCAGUCUACAAACUGGGGCCAUCAGCCCACCCUCCAGGGCUGAUGGGGGCGGGGGCGUUAAAUGAGAUAUGGGGCUGAGGGGCAUUUGUGGGAAUGGAGGGGUCCCUGUCUUUGUGCCAGGCCACCAUAGCGACCCAGCUUUAUUCGGGGGGGAGGCCCACAGAAUCCUGGCAGUGGCUCCAGCCAGAAACUCUAGCAGUAUAUUCUUGCUCCAUCAUUUCCUCUCUAAAAUUACAUCUUGACUCCGAAAGCAUUUCAGGUCAGGUUGAGAGUCACGAAUUUGAUGGCCAUUUCCUAAGUACCUGCUGGGAGGCGGCUGCUAUGACCUUACACGUCUCUUCUUGCCCACCCCUCCUGGAAGGCACCGGGCAAGUUGCCUCCUCCAAGCCUUCCGUUCCCCAUCUGUACGGUGGGGACCCCCAGCCCUCCUCCUUAUGGAAGUGUUGGUGUGCGCCUGGAUGUGAACCAGCCUUAUAAACUCUUAAGCACCACGCAGUCGGGAGGGGAGGCCUUGACGGAUGUUCACCAUGCUUGGGAGCGGCUUUGCAUUUUAGAUGAUUUGUGUUUGUGGAUCGGAGAACCCCACAAGUUACCUGGCACAAAGGGGGCCUUCGGUAGACACACCUAGGCCAGUCUGGAGAGCUUGGAGGGUGGGGGAGGCUCGUUCUGAUCUUUGGCUUCAGGCUGGUGCUAAACCAAAGAAAUGCAGUUGGCCGGGCAGGGGUCCCAAGAUCCAGCUCUUUGAAGGGGCUCCGAGCACCUGCUGUUGGGCCCUAGAAGCGUCAGGCCUCCCUCAUGCCUGCGUCCUCCACUGCUCAUUCAGCCAAUCAGAAGAGUCGGCUUGCUCUGUGCUGGGCAUCUUGCUGCCGCUGGGCCCGGGACAUGCGUCAGGGUGAGUGAGGGGAACGAUAGCUGAGCCCCCACCCCCUGCCCCCGGCCUCCUUCAUCUCAACCUGUUGCCAGGACAUCCAAGCAGGGGUGGGUAGAUGAGGUGUGGCCAGUCUCAGGUGGGGUUUUGGCCCAGACUGGGCCCGCUUAGAGCUGUCCUCUGCACGUGGGUACUCAGCCUACAGCUGCGUCAAGAUCAGGGCGGGGUCAGCAGGGCCCCGGAUGUUGCCCGGCUGUUGGGAAAGUGCCUUGAUCCUGUGACACCUGGGAGGGAGCUGGGUGGGUCCUGAAGCUCCGAAUUCAUCCUCUUGCAUGUUUGUCAAGGCUCGGCAUGAAGGUUCAGCAAAUAAAUCGGUUGUGAAAGAA